AUGUAUAUUACUGAUAUAAAGAAAACAUGAUUUCUCGAAUUAACGUAAUGUAAUUUGUAUUUUUCUUUCAAAUACAUAUACAUAUGUAAAUAUAAAUAUUAUGGAUAUCACUGAUGAAGAUGAAGAUGUUGUCAUAAAAGACUCAUUUUUAUAUGAACAUUUACAUAAAUUAGGUUACAUUGAUUUUGAGUGUGUAACGAUAGAAAAAUCAACGCCUAAAAAUGAGCAGAAAUUUUCUAAAUUAUUUGAUUGCAUAUUUAAUGUAAGAAAUGUUUUUAAAAAAUUAUAUUCUAUAUAUUUGGAGAUAAUUCAGGAUGACAGCAUAUCCAACAAACAGACUGAAGCUAUUUUAAGUGCAAAAAUUCUUUUAAAUGAUCAUGGUUGUGCAAUAUACAGUUUCCUUGACAAAUAUGAAUGUAAACCGUGGAGGACUAUGAUAUUAAAAUUUAUCAUAUUUGGCACAGUUUUAUCAUUUUCAAUUUAUACGUUUCAUAAUACCCAAUAUAGAAAUUUUGCUAAUUUGUCUGCAUUAGCUAUAUUAUAUUGUAUUAGUUACAUGGAAUUCUUGAGAAUAAAGGUACAUGGGAAUUUAAAAUCUCUUGUGUCUUUGCAGAAUGAUUUUUUUGAUCUUUGUAAAAAAGGAAUGAAAAUUUUGAAGUAUGGGUAUAAAAUAAAAUUACACAAAGGGAAAAGUUUCCAACAAUUUUCUGAACUUACAGCAGGUAGAUUGAAAUACUUACAACCUAUAAUGGAAAGUUUAGUUAAAUAUUUAGGGGACAUUGCUUGCGCCUAUUACCAUGCUUCCUUAACUCUUAUAAGACUGUUGCCGAUAGAUACUUAUAAUGAGGAUUUACUAACAAGAUUUGAGAGUAGAUCAUUUGAAGUACACGGUGAAAUAAAUUAUCAAAAAUUGAAGGUUGAAACGAAAUGUCUUCUAACCCUGUAUCAUACUUAUAUUCUCACCCAGUCUGAGAUGUUGCACCUAUUAGCUAUAGCAUACGACAAUCGUAUUUGGAGGCAAUCAUACAAAAAAAUUCCCGAAUUAAAAUUGGCCAGUAUAAUGGAAUUUUUAAUCAGAUAUUUAAGCACGUAUAAAAAUAAAUUGUCAAAGCAUAUCGAUGCUUAUUACAGUUUCAAAUUGGAACCCAUGUAUAAAUACAGAGGCCCAGAUUCAUCACAAUGGCAAGACUUGUAUAUGCACGUUUAUUUAGCUUCUAAUAAGUUACAAUUGGCUUACAGUCACAUGUUGUCGAUACUCCAAGAUAUUGAUAACGAUGUAAUUGAAAAUCUAGCAGACAAAGAUUGUACGGAGAACACAAUGCAAAAGUUAAGUGCAGCUCAAAAGUGCGUUGAAACCGCGAAAGACUUUAUCGAGUUUAGUAGCUUGUUUCUUAUAAAAUCGCGAAUUAAUCACUCUGCGAUCGAUCGUUUGGAAAUGAAUAUUCCAACGUCAGACGCAGAUUCGAAUAUCCGUGUUGUAACUGAUUCAGAACCAGAAAUUAUGGAUGAAGUAUUUGAAGAGUACAUCAAAGAAGAAUACUUGAAACCUUUGAGCGAGGAAGCCGAUGAAAUAUCAUUAUACUAUCAGAAACGGGAUAAAACGUUGUUUAAAAAUUUCAUGGCUGAAUUAAAGGACGCUUUAAUCGAUAAGAAAAAGUCCAUGUCUGAAAGAGAGUCAAGGGCACUGGAGCGAAUGUACAAAGCUAUAACAACGAAAAGUAUCUCAAAUGACAAGUCUCAGCGAAUUCCUAUACCUCCACCGAUGCCUUUUUUUGACGCUUUUUCCUCGAUAGAGAGCAAUAAUAAAGUUUCUAACGAUGCGACAAAACUGCAAUCAAGUAAAUUGUCUGAAAGAUCUGAUGUCAGGUUGAUUGAUAAAAGUAUGGAAGAUUUAGAGAAGAAUACGAAUAACGCAUUGACAGAAGAAGAGUCACCGACCAGUAAUAUCAUACGUUUGCCAAGAGGAGCUGAAUUUUCAUCUUUUUUACCACCGUCAUUUUUAAAAUCGGGAGAAGAAACUUUUAUAGGAAGCGGUGAAAAUUCUGAGGAUGAUGAAGAAAUUAAAGCAGAUAAUGAAUGAGAAAUGAUGUAAAAUGUAUUAUUUUGCGUUGGAAAUCGAAUAUUUGCAUAAUGAUGAAAAAAAGAAUAUAUUUCGUGAAAAUAUAUAGUGUCAAGUGUAUUUAUUUACAGAGAUUCGAAAUAAAUUACAUGUGUUACAAUUUUCAUGAAAAUAAAACUGGUUUUAUAUAAAUUCUCUAUAAUACCAAUAGUAAUGACAAUAAUGAUCGAUAUUAACACACGCUAUUACAAUACUAAUGUCAACGUAGAAUUUCAACUUUAAAAAUUUAUUUAUGUUAUAUAAUUGUACAAAAUAUUUUAACAUAUUGAUGAAAACAUGAAUAAAUUAUUAUAUAAAUAUCUAAAUUAUACAGCAA